CUGGCUCCGCCUCUCCUGCAUUUCAUCCUUUACCGCAGCAACCAGGGCAGUCCAGCCUACAUUGCCUGAACUUGCUGCCCCCUCCACCACUUUCUCUCGCCGUCCAGGGUCACAAAUCACGCGUGGUUGGUGCAGGACAUCAAACUUCUGUUGCAGGCUUUACGCAACAUCUGGCACCAGCCUCAUCUAGUAAUGAUGUUGACGUGACUGUUUCAUUUGCUCAACCGUGUGUUGAACCUGUUUAGGCGUGAUGGUUUAGCAAGACAUCAGUGGUUGUGAAAGUUUGCGCGCACGAGAAACCAUCGGAGGAGCCUUGGGGUUGAGCUUGCCGGGGUCUGCUCUUACGAAUAUCAAAUGAACUUGACGUGGAGGAAGAAGUUAGAAAAGGACGCCUGCCUCUACAGAUCUGUCCUUGUCAUACAUCUACCCAGCUUGAAUUGAGACAAGGAGUACAAGACUUUUAAGAUCGGUGUGACGGAGCGAAUCGGGUCUUCAGGCAUAUCGCUUCGCCGAGUUUUCUCUACAGUGGUCCUGCCUUUUCUUACACCGAUCCACAUUUUACGGGAGUUCAUUCAUUAACAUAAUGAUCAAUCUCAUGUUUAUUUGACGCACGAAACGCUUUGACGCAAGCUCGUGAGCAAUAUUUCCAAUGAAGCUUCCUGAGGUUCAAAGUGGUCACUUUGUUUGAUAUGUUCCAUUUUCCAGUGCAUUCAUCAGUGGAACAGGUGGGAAUUAUGGAAAUGUAGUGAAAGAUGUUUUAAGGAUCUUACCGAUACGAUUCUAUUGGAAGGAGGUCGAGCAUCUCAAUGUGGGAAAAUCUUAUUCAGACAUUCUGAGAUUCGGAGUGUCGGUGAUGGCGAACUUGAGGCUGGUACGAUGCAGGUCGACGCCAGACAUAGCGAAGUUGCGUCUUACGCUAUGUGUAGUGUUUAUCGUUUGGGGAAGUGUAGUUGAAGCCCAGCCAGGUCUUCCUUUUCCACCUCCUGCGAGCUUCGGGUUAGCUCCCCCGGUGAUAAUUCCUCCACCAGGCGUGGCGCUUCCCCCACCAGGUGUGGCUCUUCCUCCCCCAGGGGGGUUCACUGUCCCACCCGGCACUGUUGCGCCCCCAGGUUACGUCAAUCCCGUUCCUCCGGGGACCUCAGAAGAUCAGGCUCGUUUGAUAGUGUACAAGCAGAUUCAGACCAUGACCGCCAAUUUAACAUCGGAACUGGAGCGAAAAUACAGCUUUUGCAUCACCGACGGGGAGAGGGAGAGGGACGAGGUUUUUGGGUUUGGACCGGAUUCUCCAUUUUUAAACAAGUGUUUUCAAGACACUGAUGGAACGAUUUCGCAGCGCCUGUGUGGGAUGGGGGAGGUGAAGUUGUACUUCAGCAACAUCAAGGAUUUGGACAAUCCUACGCCGAACCUCAAUUGCAACGCCACGUCGUGGACUUUAGGGUGUGAAGCGGGCUGGGCUGCUGCCAAGAUCACCCAAGGAGGUCUUGACAGUGACGUAAUUCCGGUUCGCAAUAUUUUGCCCCUGCCUUGUUGCGAAGGUUUCUUCUGUCCCCGGGGCCUCUCCUGCAUGAUUCCAUGCCCGCUUGGAGCUUAUUGUCCUCGAGCGGAACUAAAUGAAACAAGUGGGCUGUGUGAUCCAUAUGGUUACCAGAUGUCUCAGGGCGAAGAGCUGAAAUGUGGAGGAGCUGAUAAGUGGGCCGAUGUUCAAUCCUCAGAAAAGAUUUUCUGUCCAGCUGGCAAGUAUUGUCCUUCAACGGUCAUUGCUUACAAUUGCACCAAAGGAUUUUACUGUCGGCUUGGGUCAACAAAGCAAGAGCGUUGCUCACAACUGACAACCUGCUCAGGAGAGCAGCUUGAAAAGGAGAACUUGACUGGUGUUGGUGGCUUGAUCAUUGCGAUUUUGACUAUCACUCUGCUGCUAGUGUUUACGUGUUCGGACUGGCUCAUGGAUAUCCGUAAGAAGCGCAAGUCCAAGGCCAGAGAUUUGGCUCAAAGGCAGGCGGUAGAAAGGAUAUCUGGGCUGGAGCGGUGGUCCAAGGCCAAAGAAGCUGCUAAACGUGGGGCGACCAAUUUCUCUCGCAAGCUCAGCAAGGGUGUGUCCAGGAAACGACCGGCAUAUGAUAGAUCGGGGGAGCUUCAGUCGCUGAGCACCUUCGGUGGAGCACCGAGUCAUUUCUCGCCUCAUGGAUUGAUGGGGACGAGGAUCAGUGAGGAUGACAGUUUUCACGCGGCAUCGAUCCCUUUGAGCCCAGCCCCACUGGACACACUUACAGAAUCCAGCGACGAAGGAGAUUUGUACGCCCCUAAUCCUGCUCCCCCUGUAGUCAUUCCUGACUUUCCUGUGCCUGACGACAAUGAUAGCGUUCGCAAAAGUAAAGACGGGUCACUACGCAAAAGUAAGGAUGGCAAGGCGAAGAAACCGAGCACCGUGUCUGAGAUACGGCAGUCGCAAAGCCAAAUCUUUGCGUACGCAUAUGGCCAAAUUGAGAAGGAGAAGGUAUUUGGGAGCCAGGAUUUAGAGGGCGGGAUUGAGUACGGGACUCAAAUGAUCACCAAGAUGCGGCCCCCAAUCGAGCUCAGCUUUGUAGACCUGUCGUUGUUCUUGAAGGGUUCGGGCAAGAAGAUUCUGAGUAACGUUACCGGAAAAUUGUCGCCUGGACGGGUGACUGCUGUCAUGGGUCCGUCCGGCGCAGGGAAAACAACCUUUUUGAAUGCCCUCGCUGGAAAGGCCACGCACAGCCGCACCACAGGGGCCGUGUUCAUUAAUGAUAAACCCGAUUCCAUUCAAUCUUACAAGAGCAUCAUCGGUUUCGUGCCGCAGGACGAUAUCGUGCAUGGCAAUCUCACAGUUGAGGAGAAUUUGUGGUUCAGUGCAAGCUACAGGUUGCCUGUGAACAUGCCCAAGUGUGAUCGAGUGUUGGUAGUAGAGCGUAUCAUCGCCGCAUUGGGAUUAGGACCGAUAAGAGAUUCGCAAGUGGGAACUGUGGAGAAACGUGGAAUCUCUGGUGGGCAACGGAAGCGUGUCAACGUGGGUCUGGAAAUGGUGAUGGAGCCCUCGCUGCUCAUCCUGGAUGAGCCCACAUCAGGUCUGGACAGCACUUCUUCACGCCUUGUCCUUCAAGCCUUGCGCCGUGAAGCAAGCAUGGGGGUCAAUGUGGGCGUCGUGCUUCACCAACCGAGUUAUGGGUUAUUCAAGAUGUUCGAUGACGUGAUGUUCCUGGCUAAAGGCGGGCGCACCGUGUACCUAGGGCCCGUUAGCGAAGUGGAAGAUUACUUUGCAGGGAUAGGGUUGGUUGUACCGGAGCGAAUCAAUCCGCCUGAUCACUACAUGGAUGCGCUGGAGGGCAUCGUUGUGCCUCCAGACCAACCUGACUUCGACCCCAAGAACUUGCCGGUCAUGUGGAUGAUUAACAAGGGCUACAACAUCCCCGCUGAUUUGUCCGCUAUGGCCGCGGAGUUUCAGCGCUCGGGCAAAAGUAUGAAGAAGCCUAAGAAGAAGCCCAAGCGCAAUACCACCUUCUUCCAAGAUUUCUGGUCAGAAAUCCGGACCUUUGUGAUAGUGAAGAAAGAUUCGAUCAUGAAUUCGUUUCAGAGGGUGGAGAACAAAUCUGGCCGUGUCACUCCUGGAUUCUUUUCCCAGUUCUUUAUUAUUUUUCGCCGAUUGGCUAAGCAACGCUUUCGGGAAGCCCGCGUGCAAUUUCAAGACUACAUAAUACUGUUGAUGGCGGGGGCAUGUCUAGGUCCUCUUUCGAACAUGAAGGACACCACCCUUGGAACUGGCGGCUAUUUUUACACUCUUAUUGCUCUCGCGCUGCUGGUUAUGAUUGCAUCGUUGAGAACAUUUUCAAAUGACAAGCUCACAUUCUGGCGAGAGAGUGCGUCAGGGAUCAAUCGUGGAGCGUACUUUUUAGCCAAGGACGUGGUAGACUUAUUUAAUGUGGUUAUCAAGCCCGUCAUUUACCUCUCUAUGUUCUAUUUCUUCAGUAACCCCCGGUCAACAUUUGCAAGUAAUUUUACUGUCACCUUGGUUCUAGUGUAUUGCGUGACGGGUAUUGCGUACAUCUGUUCUAUUCUGCUCCAGCCGGCUCCAGCUCAACUGUGGUCUGUAUUUUUACCUAUUUUGGCGACGUUGAUUAUUUCAGUGAAACGGACUGGUGCCCUGCUCACGUUUCAAUACUUCAGCUAUGCCCGUUAUGCCAACGAGGCUUACGUCAUCGCGAACGCUGCAAAUUACAGAGGAGUCUGGAUUAUUACACGGUGUGCCGUUCUGCAGGGACAAAACUAUGCGAUUGAUCACUGGAUGCGUUGUCUUAUAAUUCUGGUAGCCUACGGUGUGGCUGCCCGCCUUAUCGCCGUUAUCUGCUUGUUCACCAGCAAUCGUAGCAAGCAGAAGUGAUUCUUGAAUCACGCCCUCCAAAUUAAGAUCACGAGCAGAAUAUUGUUUCGGAGCGUAUUGGACCAAAGGUUCGGCUUCAAAGUGGCUUGUGGCAUAUUAGUGAUGGUGGGGUUUCAGCAUUGGGCACCUCAUCCAAAUAAUAAAGCUCUUGGUUAGUAACACUAGGGACAGUGAAGGGUGAACCAAGGCCAUGUACCAUGUUCUCAUGUCACACAUACAGUUCUUCCGUGGAAUUUCAGCAAAUGUCCAUGGUAGCAUCUCCACCCCCCCCUGCUCCAUAGAGGGGAAACGAAGUAUGUUAGGACUGAGUGAGGUCUAUUUCCAAGACCACAUUGCAGGGUAGUUUAGGACGAGAAGUAGUCGUAGGGACAGACAGUUAGUGGGAAGGUUCUGAUGGACGCAAGAGUUGUAGAUUACAAUCAGCAGCUUUUGGUACGACUGCGUGAGGCUAUGUACCUCAGUUAGUGGGUUCCCAAAUUUGUGUAAUCAUGGUUCACAUGAAUGAGUUUUUAAUCGAGUUUGGAAGCACGUUGUGGUGACAUGGACAACUUA